ACUCUUACAUUCUGGUUGUGUGCAGGUGCAACGCUGGGCUCUAACUAGCCGCUGCAGGGAAGCUUAGGGAAAAUACCCGUUUCAUGCUAAACCCUGCGCUUAUCUGCGUAGCGGGGCCGUGUUCAUUAUAACAGGGGAAACAGAAAGAACGGAGCUUAUUUUUCCAUUUCGAGAUGGCAUCUGCAAAUGCAACAUAUGGACAGAAGGAGUCAUCGGACCAGAAUUUUGAUUACAUGUUUAAAAUCCUCAUCAUUGGCAACAGCAGCGUGGGAAAAACCUCCUUCCUCUUCCGCUAUGCCGACGACUCAUUCACCCCAGCGUUUGUCAGCACGGUGGGCAUCGACUUCAAGGUGAAGACCAUCUAUAGGAACGACAAGAGGAUAAAACUGCAGAUCUGGGACACUGCUGGACAGGAGCGCUACAGAACAAUCACCACAGCUUACUACAGGGGAGCAAUGGGCUUCAUCCUCAUGUUCGACAUUACCAAUGAGGAGUCCUUUAACGCUGUGCAAGACUGGUCGACCCAAAUUAAGACAUACUCAUGGGACAAUGCUCAAGUCCUCUUGGUGGGAAACAAGUGUGAUAUGGAGGAUGAGCGGGUGGUGGCAUCAGAGAGGGGUCGGCAGCUGUCAGAACAACUUGGUUUUGAGUUCUUCGAAGCAAGUGCUAAAGACAACAUUAAUGUGAAGCAGACGUUCGAGCGACUGGUGGACAUCAUCUGUGAGAGGAUGACAGAGACUCUGGAUAACAACGACCCAACUGUCACCGGAGCUAAGCAGGGGCCACAGCUGAAUGAGCAGCCCAAGAGGUCUCACCAAGAUUGUGCUUGCUGAAUGCAUACGCACACACAGACACACACACGCAUACACACGCUCACUGCUUGUCCUGAUUUUUCAACUUUUUUUGGUCUGGAUCUUUGUGUUUAUGUUCUUUUUAAUAUGCAGAUGCAAAACUUUCCUGCACAGAAACACUGCCAUGCACAGAGCCACACCAGUUGGCUGCUUAAAUUCUCCACACCAAGAGCUUUGUCUGCAUGACACUGCUCUCCCCAAAGAUUUUCAUUCCAGAUUAUGUCAGAGUGGUGAAGAACAUUUCAGAGCGACGAUCCCAGCUUCUCUUUUACACAGUCCUGAAACACACUCAGCUAUAUUAUUAUUAUUAUUGUCCUUCUGAAAAGCUGUUUGUUGCUGAUUUCAUUUCAGUUUGGCUGCAUUCUUGAGGAUCUGGGGCCUCGUGUACAAAGCAUGCAUACUCACAAAACCUUGAGGCGCAAUGUUUCAAACACAACUCGGCAUGUACAAAAAUAAAUGUUGAAUGUGCAUCAGCCAAGCAAACUUUUUCAAUCCACAAUAACAAACUACAGAGAAAUAAAACUCCAUUCAGUUUUAUCUAAAUUGUGGAGCAUCAAACCUGAUGUUUUGGCUGGAGUUUGAGCUUUUAUGCUUCCUAGGGGGUGAAACUGAAUCACAUUUAGCCUCGUACAAUAAUGUGACACACCUCACAAAACUGUAAACGUUCUUCUGCUUUUGUUACCUGUAGAUGGAAAUGCUCAGGGCACUUUCAUCCUCACUGAAAAACAAAAAGGUGUCAGUUUAGCAGAAUUCUGGGCGGUUCAAGCGCCACCUGCAGCUGUGCCCAAUUCACUGCAGAUCGGGAUGUUUGAAGGCAACAUGUGCAGUGACAUGUCUAUGCACGGUCUCAAACAUCUGAAUUUUGUUGUGCGCCGCAAGUUUGAGAAAUUCUAUCUACUGCAAACUAUUAGUAUGAAAGCAGUGCACUCUUUGGUAAAUGAAGCCCCAGUAAUCCUCUUUUCUGUGUCCUGGUGGUUUUUUUUUUAAGAGUUUUGGACCCAGGUUUGAUGUUCAGGCAAAGUUGUUCUUAAAUGUUUUUUUCUCCUCUAUUAAUUAGAUUUUUGAAUUCAUUUAAAUACUUGUUUUCCAAGACACAUAGUUACAGUGGAUCUAACAAGUGAACACACCACUGUUUAAAAAAUCCAGGUUUUUGCAAUUUACAAAAAUAAGACCAUGAUAAAUAUUCAAAAAGAAAUUUCCUGUACAGUCCAACUGGAAACAAACUAAUCUGUUUUGGUAAAAAUGUAAAAAAAUGUGAAAGUUUUGAUAACCCAGAGCCCAGAUACAUAAAUUUUCACACUAAUAUUUUGCUGAAGCACCUUUUGAUUCCAGAGCAUGAUGCUGCCACCACCAUGUUUCAUUGUGGGUAUGGUGUUUUGUUAAAACUGUGGUAUUGUGCCAAACAAACCUGGGUUGUGGCCCAAAAAAAUCAGUUUGGCUUUUAUCAGAUAUUAAUAUUCUCCCACUAGGUUCAGAGGCCUGGAUGUCUGCAGGAACUGUCUUGCAACCAUACCUAGCCCAUACAUUUGUAGAAUAAAACAGCUUGUUAUCACAUGUAGAACACAACCAGGACAUUUAGAUAUUCCUGCAGCUCCUUCAUUGUUGCUGUUGGUCUCCUGGCAGCCUACCAGGCCUGUUUCAGUGUCACAUUUUCAUUGGUUUUAUAGAAAUAUCCAGUUUUUAGAACAUCACUGUUGCCCCUUCUUUUAUUAACUGUCUUCAUUGUGCCUAGGUUUGAAUGUAAUGCUGUGCAUUUUGUUUGUAACCUUUUCCUGACUGAUACCUUUGUGAAAUGGAGUCAUUUGCUCUUUUGAAACUUCUCUGUAAACUACAGAGCUAAAGCAAAAUAUGCCAAUAAGAACAUUGGGUAAAAAAAGUCUCUUAAGGACAUCUGAGCUUUAUUCAAGUUUAAUCAGAUUCACUAAAAUUGAUAGGAGGAACUAAUGAAGACUGCAUGCUGAAACUAAAUAAAAAGGUGCUUAUCAGGGUGUUCACACUUGUGCAACCAGAUAAUUGCAACUUUUUAUAUGUUCGUUUCACAUUUUUUCCUUACAUAUUUGUUUUCAGUUGAUUUGUACAGGAUGCACGUCACAUUAGGUGAGGUGGAAAACGUUUUGAGCUUAUUAAUCAUGGUCAUAUUUUUUUAUCCCGCAAAAACCUAGCAUCUUAUCAUGGGUGUGUUUUACUUUUGAGAGCCAAUGUAUAUAAUAAAUCUCUAUGAAAGUCAGCAUCUUGGUUGGACUUACCGAAGGAACAGCAUAACCUGGAUGUUUGAUACUGUCUUUGAUCAAACAUCACAGUAGGAGAAUAUCGAGUCUCUCUGGCCACUUGAUAGUGGAUAAAUAUCUGAAUGUCAAUAAGUAUGCAUUUUAAAUUGCAGAUAUAUACAGUCUACAUGUAAAAUUAUUCUGAAAUGGUAAGAAUAAUUAAGGUUGGGUGGAUUCCUACCUGUGCUGUAGUUAGAGCUGCACAUUAUUGAUGUUUUUAAUCUUAUUUUAAUUUAGUUUAUGAAAGUAGUUUAUUUUUAUUAGCUGUUUUUACUGGUUUUGCACUCAUCAGUCCCACUCUGCUACUUCUUUCCAAAACCAGAUGGGGUAAAACGUUUCUGAGGUUUAUCUCUUGACACCCCUCACUUUGUUCUAACUUUUAUUUAAUGCAUAUGGCGAGUGUUGGUCAUUUCUCCCCAUCACUUCUGUAGUUUUGGAGGUUUAGCCUUCAUGAAGAGGAUCCAUGUAUCGCGGAACACUUUGUAUCAAUCUGUUCCCCCGCUUGGGUACAUUUUGUACCCACUCUAACAGUCAACAGUAAUAACUUUUUAUAUUCUGCUCACAGCCAGCUGGAGGGAACUAUUGUGGUUAUGUGACUUCUAUAAAUAAUUUCUUCCAGAAGAAGGUCACUUUGACUUGUUUUGGUUGAUCAAAGGUGAUAAUCUGGCAUAUUUCAUAAGAGCCAUGUGGUCCAAACGGAGAAGAAUUAGAAUCCACGGGUUUCGUAGAAAAUCUUCUGAAAAUACAACUCAGUUAAAUUAGACUAUAUGUGAGAUUUGAUCUUUUUUUUAUUUAUUUAUCUUAUCUCCAUAAUUCUUUAAAACACAUUAUUA